AUGCCGCACGCGACCAUGGACGGCGAUCGUAACCCUCCCCCGACCGUGAACAGCGGCGCUGCGCCAGAUGACGUUGACUUCAAUACACUGAUCGCGCAAGCGCAAGCGGGCGCCGCAGAGGGUGAGAACUUUCUCGAUUCUAUCAACAACCGCCCACUCGACGUGGGCGAAAAGGCGGACGAUGCGAUCGACUUUGAGGACAUCGGAGAUGACGAUUUGCCGGACGAGGAGUUCGGCUCUGAUGACGGCGACGAUUCGGGUGCUCAAAACUUCAGCGGAACCACGCUGCAGGACUCCGGUAAUGGGCUUGACAAUGAAGACGUCGGAAUGGAUGACCUCUUUGGAGAUGACGACCUCUUUGGCGAUAAUGAUCUCGGUCUCACCAGUCCUGUGCGGGAACACUCACAUCAUGAGGAUAAGCCACGAAAUUCUGUUGAAGGACUUGGACACGACGGCGCGAAUAACACUGGCGAUGGUAUGGCGCAUUCGGGUUUUCGCCAUGUCCCAUACGGUACCGCACAACAGGAGGAAGAAGAAGAUGACCCGGAGUUGCGCGAGCAAAUGGCUUUAUUCGAGCAAGCACGCCGCGGAAAGGAUGAUCAGGCGCCGCCCCCUCCCAAGACAUCGAGAGAAGAGUUCGAGAGAGUGUGGCCCAACUUCGAGCCCGACAAACCCCCGCGUUUCUUCAGCUUGGUACCUCGAAAGCGCGCGUUUUACAUUCCUAAAGUCCCGCCAAAAGCACCCAAGCCGAUGGUUUUCACGAAGCUUAGCCUCGACAUCGCAGCAGAUCAAGAGAAGAGCUUCCGGCUGCCUCCAACAACAACUACCACAAAAACCGGGCGGCAACAGGAGGAAGAGCAGGGCGGUCUAAUAUAUAUCACAACCGCUGCCGAGGAAGACCGCCAGAACGGCGAACAGCUGGAGCUAGAGAACCUUGAAACAUUCGACGAGCGCGAGAAAAUUGGGAAUGUCUCGUGGAAUGACCUCACCAUCGCCUGCGAAAAUUGGGAUCUUCCUGAUGAGACAAGUGAGGCGACUUUAUCAGACAGCGAGCAGCUUCCUACACCGGACGACAGCAUGCAGGAUAUCGAUAUGGAGCAUCUGUCACCGAACAAGAAACGGAAGCUCGGAAGCCGUGAGAAGUCCAUACAUUUCUCAGUCUACGAUCACAUGGACCUGCCCACCUGGGAUGACCCUGAGCUUGAGACUGCUAGACUUUCAAAGAAGAUCCUCUUAGACAUGAACGAUCCACGGCUACUGCUCGAUGUACAGGAACCGAGCGCAGAACCCCAGAAGCCUCGGACUACCGGUCUUGGUCUCAAGCGUGACAACCGCGGUAGUCUUGCGAAUCCAAUGUUCAAGCGGUACAACAUCUCCAAUGACGAGGCGUACGACGCGCUCAAGGAGAGCAGCCAACAGAAGGUUCGUAGUACGAUUGGCCAUAUGAAUGUUGAGCACAGUUUGCCCGCCUUGAAGCUGCAAUAUCCCUUCUACAAGGUUCUACUUUCCGAUCGCGAGCUACGGUCGUUCCACCGUCCUACCGUCACGUUUAAGCCUGGUGAGCGGGCUGGCAUCUCCACGCUCAAGUCGGUCAAGAGAAAGCACAAGAAAAACCUCAAACCUUCCGAAGCUUUUGCUACGGCCGAAGAUCUGAAUAUUGGCGACAACUCGGAUCUUCUCCUUGCUGAGUACGCAGAAGAAUACCCGACGACAUUGUCUAACUUCGGCAUGGGUGUCAAGAUCCUCAACUACUAUCGCCGCAAAGACAACGACGAUACUGCACGUCCUAAACCAGACGAUGGCAUUGGAGAGACUUCAGUGCUCUUACCGCAAGACAAGAGCCCUUUCUCCCUGUUCGGCCAAGUCGAACCAGGUCAGCAAGUCUUGACGCUUCACAACGCCAUGUACCGAGCUCCUGUGUUCAAGCAUAAACCCGAGUCGACCGACUUUCUAGUGAGCAGAAGCUGGACUGGAGUUAAUGGCCCCAGGUACUACAUGCGAAACAUUCCGAAUCUUAUGGUCGUGGGCCAACAGUUCCCUUCAGUGGAGGUGCCUGGCACACAUGCUCGAAAGGUUACCGAAGCGUCGAAGAAGCGUUUGAAGAUGCUCGCUUUCCGUCUAUACAGGCGAGGCCAACAGAGAAGCUCUCGGCAGCCUUGGGUCAGUAACGAGAUGAUCAAGCAGCAUCUUCCCGGAACCGAGAUCGCCCAGAACCGUUCCAGAAUGCGGGAGAUCAUGAAGUAUCAGAAGGACAUUGGUACAUGGGAACCAGUGCCAGGCGAGACUAUUCCCGAGGAGCCUAUCCUACGAACUUGGAUCAAACCGGAAGAUGUCUGUCUUAUCGACUCAAUGCAUGCUGGUGACAAGCAGCUUCAAGAUGCUGGUAUCAAGUCCAAUGAAAUCAGGGAUGAUGAAGAAGAACAAGACAACGAGAACGCUGAUGUUAAGCUGGCACCCUGGAACACCACCAAGAAUUUCUUGAAUGCCUGUGCGGGUAAGGCCAUGCUGGAGCUCCAUGGUGAGGGCGAUCCCACCGGUCAGGGUCUAGGUUUCAGCUUCAUCAAGGUCUCCAUGAAGGGUGGUUUCAGAGACAUCGGCGAGAGCGCAGCAGAUCGUGUCGACGCCAAAAAGCUGAAAGAGCUCGGUGGCCACAGCUAUAACGUCCAGCGACAGCAGGUCAUGUACGAGAACGCCAUCAAGCGCAUUUGGAACAAGCAAAAAGACUCGCUCUCUGCCACCAACCCGCCCUCAGACGUCGAAGACGAUGUCGACGUCGACUCCACCACGCAACCCGGCCUUGCCCGUCAACGCUCCGAAGUCGGCACACCCGCCGCCGUCCUCCGUGCCGACGAUGACACAAUGUCCCAGUUCUCUCGUAACAGCAAUGCCGAGACGCGUGGCAAGAAACUCAAAAUCACACGCACUAUCAAGAACAAAUACGAUGAGUACGAAGAAGUCGUCGAGGUAAUCACUGACCCCGAAGUGAUCAAACUCUACCUCAAGCACAAGAAGCAGGAGCGCCUGUUAAAUAUGCGUAUCGACGAGAUUAAGCCAACCGGCGAUAAAGAAUAUGACAAUGCGCAGAUGGCGAAGUUGAAAGCCGAAUACGCGCGUCUCGCUCGCAACAUUGAGCGUCGCGAGGGCCGUGAGAAGGCAAAGGGGAUUCAUAAGAGUCAGACUGGUGAGGGUGGUAGCACUGGCGGGCCGGGCAAAGGUGGUGCAACACCAAGGAAAUGUGCGAAUUGUGGUGAAGUUGGCCACAUCAAAACCAAUAAAAAGCUUUGCCCCCUGCUCAACGGCCAGAAGAAGCAGAGCGAUACGUUCAGGGACGCAUCGGCUGCGUCGCCUGUUACGACCGUCCCUCCUACACCCCAGUUUGCCGGAUCCCCAGCAUAG